GUUUCAAAGGUUAUUCUUGCCGGUCGCUUAAGCGUACUGUGAUGAAAUGUAUUUCUUUUAAUGAUAAUACCUUUAAUUCCUAUUAAUAGAGAUACUAAAUGUUUAAUGUAAUUAAUAUUAAAUGUAUGUUUUUUUUUUUAUUAAUGAUAAAUAUAUUUAAAAUUGUGACUGACAAGGUUUAAAUGUAACCAUUCAACAAGUGAACAAUUGUAGUACAAUUUGAUUAUUAAGUGGGGAACUGCGCUACCAUAAUGGCGAGCGGUUCCUGGGAGGAGUUCUUCGCUGUCCAUCUCCCGCCUACUGACUUUGAAGACAACCGCACACUACUCAAAGAGUUCUGUGAACGUCAUGACAAAUAUGGAAAUAAAAUAGUGCUUGUAACUUCGGGUGGUACUACAGUCCCCCUUGAACACAACACAGUCCGUUUCGUUGACAACUUCAGUGCUGGCACACGUGGUUCAGCAUCAGCCGAGUACUUCUUGGAACAUGGCUAUGCAGUGAUCUUCAUGCAUCGCCAGAAAUCCCUCGAACCAUUCACCAGACACUUCAGUGGACAGAAACUGCUUGAUAUGUUGGAGAUACAGGAGCGAGGACCUAAUACUACCAUCACUGUGCGGCCGGACAGCGUGGACGUGCUGGCGCCGGUGCUGGUGCGGUACAAGGCGGCGCUGGCGGCGGGCGCGGUGCUGCAGGUGGCGUUCACGUCCGUGUCCGAGUACUUCUGGCUGCUGCGCGCCGCCUGCGAGUGCCUGGCGCGCCUCGGCCCGCGCGCGCUGCUCUACCUCGCCGCCGCCGUCUCCGACUUCUACAUCCCCAAGGACCGCGUGCCGACCCACAAAAUGCAAUCUGAGAGCGGCGCGCCCGUGAUCCAGCUGCAGCUGGUACCGAAAAUGCUGGCGCCGCUCGUCAACCUGUGGGUGCCGGCUGCCUACGUCGUCUCCUUCAAGCUGGAGACCGAUGAAAGUUUGCUCAUACCCAAGGCGAGGGCUGCCUUGGAAAAAUAUAAACAUAAGAUGGUCGUUGCAAAUAUGCUGCAGAGCAGGCAUCAUCGAGUGAUCCUGGUAUCCCCUGAGGCCAGUCAGGAGAUAGUCCUGACAAGGGAGGACAUACAUGCAGGCGUGGACAUAGAGUCGGCGAUAGUGAGCGAGAUCGUGCGGCUGCACGCGGAGCACCUGGCGGGCGGCGGCGCGGGCGCGGCGCUGCCGGCGGGCGCGGGCGCCGCCGCCGCCGCCGCCGCCGCCGCCGCCGGCUGGCCGCCGCGCUCGCCGCGCUGAUCCUCGCGCGUCCGCCGCCGCCUCUACCUCACGCCCGAGUAGGCGGCGCGCACGGACGCCACGCUGUUCCUAUCGUAAGCUCACUAUGGACUUUCAAUAUAUUCACUCAUGUUUACGUCUAUAUAAAGGUCAGUGCACACCGACGAAGUAAUGGCGAAAAUGCAAAUACAACGGUGAAAAAAAAUGGGAAUUCAAUAUGGCUUAUAUACGACGGAUAAGUACAUAGUUUUAUUUGAUGCCAGAACGAAAGCCGAAUUUGAAAAUAAUCUUACAGGACGCAAAUGCUUGAAUUGUUUAUCCAACAUGUAAAAGAUAGGAAAUUCAAUAUGGAGAUGGAUAAACACACAGUUGGUGAUUUUAUUUGGUGCCAGAAAGGAAGUCGAACUAUAGAAUAAUAGUGUCUAAAUUAAAAAAAAAAAUAACCUUUGGCAAUACAGGUAUAAAAGUUACUAAAAACGUUUAACAAUAUGAAAGUCGACUUCUACUUAAGUUUAUGUCCGAAAUGGAUAAAACAUAUUAAUCAGCAGCGAUGCGCACGAAAGUCGCGACAGCGUAACGAGAACUGCGCAUCGUUCAGUGUGCCUUGUAAGGAAAGGAUCACAGCUCUUCGCCGCUAUUCCGUUGGUCUGCACUGGCCCUAACUGCGCAAGGAUCGUUUGGUACAAGUCAGAACUAUUCGAUACUUUGUUAAGCGCACUAGUGUUGUGUACAGUCGGCCUAUAAAAUCAUUGUACAUCAACUUUUUUAUAUUACACGAUUUUAUAUUGUAUAGGAGUAAAUUUUAAAUAUCUUGUAGGCCGAAUGUCUCUGACAUAAGCUGAUAAACUGUACAAUUUUAACAAAAUAUCAUCUCGUAUAAUAUACAUUUUUAUUUAUUUCCUUAUAGAAAAUAUCGCUAUCCAAAAUUAGUUUUUUUUUUUUUAUAAUCAAUAAUUCUCUUUAAAACGUAACUCUGUUUUGGACAUACCGUUCAAGACAGUAGAACGCUUAAACCAUUGUGGUACUCAGUUUUCUAUAUUUAAAUGAUAAUUAUCUAAUAAAUUGAUAUUAGAAAAGACUCGAGGAUCAUACAAAGACAAAUCUUUGACGAUCUUUUAAAUGUUUGUAUUGAAAACAAUCUGUAUUAACGUCGACUGUACGUAAGGGAUGCCCGAGUAGUUAUUUAAAAUACAUGUAUAUACUAUCUAUAUAUUACAAUGCAUAAGUAACUAUCAAUCGUGUGCCCCAUUAUUAUAUUAUUACUACCAUGUAUUAUAUAUUGGGUGUUGUGUAAAUCUGUUGUAUGCGGUUCUACCAAACAAUAAUUCACAUUUAUUUAAUUAAACUAUAGUUUGUUACAAUAUAACUUAUUGAUAAUGUAAAUAAACAAAAAAGAUAUUGAUUCGACCAUAAAACAGUCUGUUAAUAUCCAAUAGUAGCUCCCUACCAAGGUUUUCCCUAGGCUCUACAGUAUGGGGUUCUUCAAAUAGGGUGUGUUAAGGUUUCUUCAGGGUCGGCAACGUACACGUGACACCCCUAGUGUUGCAGGCGUCUAUAGGCUACAGCGACCGCUUACCAUCAGACAGGCUGUAUGCUUGUUUGCCGACUAAGUGGUAUAAAAAAACUACAAAUGUAUUAACAAAUUAAUAGUUAAUUGUUUCUAUUUGUUUGCUCUUUUCAUUUAGAGUUUUUUUUUUUGUUUGAAAAAGCUUGUUUACUUUUUCAUUAAGUUUCAUUGAAACAGACUAAUAGAUAUUGUCAAAAAAUACAAAAGUAAUGGCAUAUUAUUGUAUGUGACUUUUCUUUUUAUACAACUUAGAAUGGCAAACAAGCUGACGGCCCACCUGAUGGAAAGUGGUAACCGUCGCCUAUAGACAUGAGCAGUACCAUGGACAUAACAGAGUAUACUGUUACGCCCAUGAUACCCUCCAUGCGUUGCCAAUAUUCUUUGUAAUAGUAUAAUUUAUAUUAUACUAUUCAUGUACAUGAGGUUACUUAAGAAUUCAAUAAUUAAAAAAUAUUUAUCAUUCCUGGUUUUUUUUUUGAUGGGUGUAAGUGGUAUGGUAACCCCGCCUGCGCUAACGGGAUACGCUGGCGGAGCACCAGUGAAAGGUGAUAGAUGAGAAUGAAAACAGGCCAGUUAGCCCAUCAUGAUGAAUUCAUCAGGAAUUAACCAUGAUAGUUUCCUGGGAGAACCGCGAGUAGGUCGACCUGGUUGGGUAUAUUGCUAGCAAUGGGAUUAUCAGUCUCCAUUACUAACAAUCCCUUUCCCCUCUACCUCAUUCCUGGUUGGGAUAUGAGCAUAUCCCAGAUAUAAGACUAUUUACAAUUGGCGAUAUAACAAUUUACUUUAGCCCCCAACUUCGUCUGUAUUAAAUGUUAAUUAACUCACAGGAACAAAUAGGAUAUUGUCUGUCUGUGUGCCAAAUUAUAUCCAAUUGUUUUCAUCUAUUUAUAUUUUACGGUCUCUUACAAAAGAACUUAAUGGGAAUGUAAAUAAAGUAAUCAUUGACCUGACCAUAAUACAGUAUGUUAAUGUCCAAUAAUAAUUCGAAUAAUCAUUUUUUUUUUAUACAAUUUAGAAUGGCAAACAAGCUGACGGCCCACCUGAUGUAAAGUGGUAACCGUCGCCUAUACACAUGAGCAGUACCAUGGACAUAACAGAAUAUACUCUUUCGCCCAUGAUACCCCCCAUGCGUUGCCAUUCCUGAGCACUCAGAUGUUCUUCCUCCGUACCCAGUAAAUUCACGUCAUAUCCCACCCUUCAAACCGAAACACAGCCAUGUAAACACAACUACUUCACGGUUGAAACACGAAUGGGACAGAGGUACCUAAGCAAUCGACUUUUGUACAAAGUCUCCCUCUGAUAUCUAUAUAUUCUCUCUAUAUUAAUGGCGACAAUAAAAGUCAUCGCCCAUUUCGAUAUCGUCUGUAUCAGUCGGUAGUAUCAAUAUUUAUUUCGAUCAGGUUUUGCAUUUCAAUAUUAUCAAUUCAAUAUAUCCGUUAUUGCGCCAAUAUAUCCCCUUCUUUGCAUGAUUAAUGUGAUAUAAUUCAUGUUCAAAAUUAAAGGAAAAAUGGUUAAAAAAUUAAAUUUUACAGCUUUUUUUUUUUCUGCAAUACACAUUAAAAAGGUGUUCAGACACGAUCAACUUAAAGUGAACUUGUUCUUUUAUAUAAUUUUUGGGCAUUCAAUGUUAUGAUGGAAAUUUCCACCAGUACGCAAAGAAGGUAUAUAGAUAAUGUAACUAUAAUAUGUAAAUAUUACAAUAUGUUACCCAUCCCUAUUUUUCAUUAAGUUCUAUUGAAAGAGAUUUAAGAUAUGAAAUUGAAUAUUAUAAAUGAAUCUCGCUAUCGGUUUGUAAUGGAGCUUCAAUAAAAGACCGUAAUAUCACAGUGUAAAGAACAAGCAGUGGUCCAACGCAGUAUCCCGAACGAUUAUAUGACAUUCGGGAUGUAUUGCUCUGUUUAGACGUAUUUAUUGGAUGACUGGUAGGAAAGAGUAUAAAGGUAAUAUGGAUGUAAAAACAGUUUACUGAUCUCUCAAUUUAGUAAUAAAUCAGUCGACUACAUUUAUAUUGACUGUACAGUAGAAUCUCGAUUAUCCGAAUAUUCGAUUAUCCGGACUUAUACUUCACAGCUCUAAUUAUCGAUUUAGAAAUGCUAUUAUUUAUUGGAUAGAUAGGUAUUAUGUAAACCAUUAUCUUUAUAGCUCGUAAUUUUUUACAUAUAUAAAACCCUUUACAUAAUAAAAAAAAUAAUAAUUAUAUAUUGUUUGAUUCGAUUUUGAUAUCGAUUAUCCGGAUUUUCGAUUAUACGGAAUAAUCCGGGUUUUAUUUGUUUCGGAUAAUCGAGAUUCUACUGUAUGUAAUUGUUGUAAAAAUUAUUUAUCGUAUACCUAUGUGUGUCUUAAUAUUCUCGAAUUAUCUUAAUAAGGACCAUGGCUAGUUACAACUUCUAUUGUACUGUUCAGUUCAUAAUAAUAUAGGAUAUUUCCAAAAAUAACCCCUCAUAAAAUAAGACAGGGUUACCACUAAAAAGUUAAACUUGCCAUAGACAAGUGCUCGAUACAUCUUUAGACGUCUUACUACAAAAGAGUCUUACUGUUUAUGUCUAAACAAAACAGUUUAUUUUAAAAAUACAAAAUAAAGGUGUUUAAAAUAAUAAGUUUUAUUAUUAUAUAGAUUUUGUUUUGUUAUAAAGAUUAUAUAUAUAUAUAUAUAAUUAUAUUCGAAAAUUAUCAAUAAACAUUACAACACUGAUUAAACAUUAUUUAAGGACUUAGAUACAGUUUUGUUAAACAAUGAAAUUAGAAAUAGCCCAAACAUUGGGAUUUUCAAAACACGUCUGAAGAAUUAUUACCUCUCACAAUGCUGAUGUACGUACUUAUUAUAUUU